CCACGUCGCGUCGGGCUCCCCCUCCCGCGCCAGUGGACUCCACUCGCGGCCUCGCGCGCGCGGCCUACUGGGUGCUGGUGCUGCUGGUGGUAGUAGUAGUUCUUCUCUUCCCCCGCACAGGUCGCCAUCCGCUCCAAUUCCCCACCACCACCACCACCGCCGCGAGGGAAAAGGUUCGGUUCUGCUCCCGCUUUGUUCUUUGUUCUCUUGCUGCUCGUGGUGCUGCUGGUGGUGGUGGUAGUGAGUGAGUGCGGUGAGGGAGAGGUGGGGUUUUGACGCCCCGCGCGAAAGAGGCGAUGUCGUCGCCGUCGCCGUCGUCGCCGCCGCCGCCGGGUAAUAACCAGACGGCGCCGCCACCGGUGAACUCCUCUUCCUCCUCCUCCUCCCCCCCGUCGCCGCCGGCGCCGGGGUCCUUGCCUCCGCCCUCGCAGCCUGCCGCGCCGGGGACGCCCUCCACCGCGCCGCCGCCUCCGUCGAGCACGCCCUCCUCGCCGUCGACUGAGAGGUCGACGCCCGCGGCGGCGGCGGCGACGACGACGCCGCCGCCGUCGAGCUCGGGGCUGACAACGCCCGUGGUAGUGGGGAUCGCGGUGGGCGGGCUCGUCGUGCUGCUGCUCGUCAGCAUCCUGUUCGUCUGCUUGUUCAAGAAGAAGAAGAGGCACCACCAUCACCCUCCGCCACCGCCGCCGCCGCCGCCCCACCUCCUGCACUACUACGGCCACCCGCCCCCGCCGCCGCCGCCGCCACCGCCGUUCAAAGGGGAUCACUACGGUGGGGUGUACCAAAAUUGGCAGCAAAAUGGCCCUCCUCCUCCACCUGAUCAUGUGCUGAAGAAGGUGCCCUCGCAUCCUUCUCCUCCACCACCUCCAGCUCCACUCAAUGUGCACAGUGGUGGCUCUGGAUCAAAUUACUCCGGUGGUGACAGCCAGCCUCCGGUGUCACCUGGGACUGCCCUUGGUUUCUCGAGAUGUACUUUCACUUAUGAAGAUCUGUCGGCGGCAACCGAUGGAUUCUCCAGUGCUAAUCUGCUUGGGCAGGGUGGUUUUGGGUAUGUUCACAAGGGGGUGCUGCCGAAUGGCACAGAGGUUGCCGUGAAGCAAUUGAGAGAUGGAAGUGGGCAGGGAGAGCGUGAGUUCCAGGCAGAGGUGGAGAUCAUCAGCAGAGUCCAUCACAAACAUCUUGUUACAUUGGUUGGCUACUGCAUUUCUGGGGGGAAGAGACUGCUCGUCUAUGAGUUUGUUGCGAACAACACAUUAGAGUUCCACUUGCACGGGAGAGGCAGGCCAACCAUGGAAUGGCCUACAAGACUACGAAUUGCUUUGGGUGCUGCGAAGGGAUUGGCAUAUCUUCACGAAGAUUGCCAUCCUAAGAUCAUUCACCGUGAUAUAAAGGCAGCAAAUAUUCUUCUUGAUGCAAGAUUUGAAGCUAAGGUGGCAGAUUUUGGACUUGCAAAAUUGGCUUCUGAUAAUAACACACAUAUUUCAACCAGAGUAAUGGGCACAUUUGGGUACCUUGCGCCAGAGUAUGCAUCUUCAGGCAAGCUCACUGAGAAAUCAGAUGUCUUUUCUUUUGGAGUAAUGCUUCUUGAGCUAAUAACUGGCCGCCGUCCUGUGAGAUCAAACCAAUCACAAAUGGAUGACAGCCUGGUUGACUGGGCAAGGCCUUUAAUGACACGAGCAUCAGAGGAUGGUAAUCAUGAUGCUUUAGUGGAUCCACGGCUAGGACAGGAGUACAAUUCUAACGAGAUGGCGAGGAUGAUUGCUUGUGCUGCUGCAUGUGUACGCCAUUCUGCACGUCGACGCCCACGGAUGAGUCAGGUUGUUCGAGCCUUGGAAGGCGAUGUGUCACUGGAUGAUCUGAACGAAGGUGUUCGUCCUGGCCAUAGCCGAUUCUUGGGAUCAUACAGCAGCAACGAGUACGAGUACGACACUGGCCACUACAACGAGGACCUGAAGAAAUUCAGGAAGAUGGCGUUUGGCAGCGGCGGCUUGGAGAGCACCCAGCACGCGCCGACCAACGAGUUCGGCCAGAAUCCGUCCGUGUCAGUCGGCGACGGCCAUCAAAUACCGGAGACGGAGAAGGAGAAGGAGACGGAGAGUGCGAAGAGAGAAGGCGACAACAAUGGCGUUGGAGACGGCCAUGCUUCAUGAGAUGACCACCUCUUCUUUCUUUUUUUUAGGACAUGCAACUACCUAGCUUGUAAAGUUCCAGCCUUUAGCUGAAAUUCACAUAAGUUGCUGACAUUGUUUGCAACGAAUCGAAAUUAUUUGGUUGAGAUAUAUAGUUUUUCGGUAGCGCAAUUCACUACUUCUUUUCACUGAAUUUAAUUUUCCUGUGGCGCCUCU